AAAAAAAAAAAAUCUUUUUUGGACGCUUUUUAUUUUUCAAAGGUUUUUAUUUAAAAUAGAAUAUUUUUUUUCUUUUGUCAUGGCAGAGCCUAAAUUCAAUGAGAAAAAUGGAGUCGAACUUUCACCUGAACUUAAAUCAUCAUUAGAUUUAAUACAGGACGCAACAUUGGUUCAUGUUCAUCAUAAUAAUCAUAAUGAAAUAUUAUCAUUCUCACAACAAUUAAAUAUAGCCUCACCUCAUAUGCCACCGCAUCAUUAUUUGGUAGAUUCGGAAGAUGAGAUUGAUGAGAGUGAUGAUGAUGAUGACUUAGAUUAUGAAUUUGUAAAUGAUGAUGAUUAUGAUGAUAGUGAUAUUGAUGAUAACGAUUUUAAUGAAAAAAUUAAAUUGGAAGUUUUUAAUAGACCUCCUUCAAGAUUAGGUAGACCUUUAUCAAAUCCAUAUAAAAGACAUAAUAAAAGGAAUGGUCCUUCAGUUGAUAGAAUAAAAAUGGAUAAUGCUUUCUUAAGAAAUCAAAAUAGUAAAUUAAGUCAAGAACUUGAACAAUGUAGAUUAACAAUUCAAGCCCUUAAAAAUAUUGUUACUCAAAAAGAUAUCGCUUUACAAAAUUCUCGUUCUGAUUAUCAAAAAGCAAUUUUACAGGUUAGAGUAUUAGAAACUUUGAUUUUAAGUAAACAUUCUAAAGAUGGUAGUAUUAUCGUAAGAAGUGGUGGUAUUGGUGGUAAUAAUUUACCUACAGUAACUUCUCUUUUACAAGAGAAAGAAAUGAUUUCUCUUUUUCAAGAGAAAGAUUUAAUAUUACAAGAGAAAUGUUUGGAUAAACCGAUUGAUUCUAUUGAUUCUAUUGAUUCAUUAGAAUCUGAUUCUCUUGAAAAUACCAUUAUCACCUCACAAAUUCCUCAAACAACUCAACCACCAUCUUUAGAAACUCCUUCAGAUUUUAUAGGAUCUUCGGAUGAUGAUGAUGAAGAUUUAAUUCCACCUCCUCUUCCACCUAAAAGAGCGAAUCGACAUAUUAGAAGAUGGUCAAUGGAUUUUGGACCAAAUAAUCGUUUAGGUCAAGAUGAAGAAGGAUCAAUACAAAUGAAUAUGAUUAAUAGUAAUAUAACUCAAGCAACAUCAUCUGAUGAUAAUACGAUAAUAUCAUCAUCAGGUACCACACCAUCAUCAUCAACGCUAACUCCUAUCAAUAAUGAUCUACAACGCAACCUUCCUCGUAUAUUGAGACGUCGAACGGGUGAUAUAAUUCAAUCAUUAUCGUCAUGUCGUUCUUCAUCAACUAAAAAUGGGUACGAUCAUUCACCACCAAGUACUCCUUUUAGUGAUGAUUCGAAUGAAACGAUCAUAAAUGAAAAAUCGACAAAGAAGAGAAAAUCCGCUCAACAAAAUUUAUCGAAACUUCGUAAAAUCUUUUUACGUUAAAAUUUUCUUAUUCGUUGGGGUGAUUUUUAAUCGAAAUCGGGUCGGAUUCUUUUAUUACAAAAUAGAGUCGUAAAAAAAUCGUUUUUAUUUUUUAUUUUUUUUUUUUAUAUAUUUUUUUUGUAAAUAGUAAUAUAUUUUUUUAUUAAAACACCUUUGUAUACCUCUUUUUUGUAAGAUUUUCUUUUCACCCUCGACAUCAUUUUGCACGCACGCACACUUUUUCACACAAUUUUUACAUUUUUUAUACACAAAAAAAAAAAAAAAAA